AUGUUCCAGACUUUCAGCGGAAACUCCAAGCGAGCUCGACAGGUGAACCUGUCUGGUCAAAAUACCAAUCCUUUUGCGGCCGCGGGCUGGGGAGGUUCAGCUUCAGGAACCCGAAAGACCGUGGCAAAUGCCCAACAAGAACGCCAGCAGCGCCAACAGGAAAGAGAUCGUUUGAAUGCCGCGAAAAGAAUACAGAGAACAUGGCGAGGGCACAGAACAAGAGAAGAAUUGGCGAAUUCGAGGCGGAAAGUGUGGGAUGAGUCAAACGAAGAGCUCGGGACUUCAUCAGACUCGAGUGAGCUGGUGGUAAAACAAGUGAAGCUGAUAGUGGCGUUCUUCAAUCGUAGACACAGAGAUGAUAUCGAAAGGCUGGCGAUAUUGUGCCAGAAAAUACAAAAGUUCGGACAUGAAGAAUUCUUACGACUUCCACAAGUUCAGAUCCAUCGUCGGCGUUUGGCUAGUAUAACGCUCGAGGCUUUACAGAGUUUAUUGCCAAGUUCUUCUUCAAUUCUGCUACAAUUUCUCGUAGUUCUUAUUGACGGAAAUCCAAAGUGCUUUCCAGCAAUCAGCCAAGCUUAUUAUACCUUACUUUCGACUAUUUGCGCCCAAGAGACUUGUGCUAACAUCGAUAAUAAUAUUCUCUUAUCUGCCAUUAGGACUCCAUUAAUACAGCGUGUGGAUCACAAUAAUGACUUAACCCUCCUAGAUGCAUACGCAGCUUUUGCACUUUACUAUUUGACUACUCCAAAUCUAAACACCGUGCUUGGGGGCUUGGAAAAGUUAGCAUCAGUCGUCGAAGUGGGUGCUAUAUCGGCAGCUUUAAUCCGAGAAUUUGCUUCAAACGCGGAAAUUGCUAUUGAGAAUGAUGCACGGCUCUGGCUCCUAGCUCACUUUAUCUCCCUUCAUCGUUUGCAAAAGCGAAACAACCAGGAGUCAAACUACAUCAGAGCAUUGUCUAUGCAAUUAUCGAGCUCCUCAGUAGAUAUCGUUGGCAGAAUCGAUGUCAAUGACCCUACUUCCUUACAAGACCUGGAUGACGACGAAACCGACAGCAGAUCUGCCUCUCCGUUGCCUAAGUUUAUUGAAGAUGAGCUACUUUCAUUGGUCAACCAAGAUAGUAUUACAGGACUAUUGGAGAAGUUUAACGUUGACUAUGCGAAGGCGUCCGCAGCUGGAGAAGAGGACGCCAGUCUGCUUGCAAGCUAUUCGCUCACUUUGUUAAGAAUAUUUCCUCGACGUGGGGAUGAAAUCAGAAUGUGGUUGUAUUUGGGCUCAAUGACCAUUCCCAGGGGCGGUCAAAUCCCAGCUCUGAAAUUCUUCUGGUCAGCAAUGUCCCAAACUACAAUCUUCUCUGCUAUCCAAGCAGAUUCAAAAUCCGCGUUAGCUAUCCUUCGAGCGCAAUCUGCGACAUCCUCGGCAUCGACAUCGCAGAUAGAUAUGAGUAAAGAUCGCGAAUGGCGCACGAUACUCCUCUUCCUUGAGCUCUACAUAUUUGUUCUCCGGUUUACGGAUGACGAGGAAUUCCUUGCUGGAAGCAAAUCUGCUUUCGAUCAGUCAGAAGCACCUACCUCAAGAAUCAGGGCGAGUGCUCUUCCACUAGAAGAUAUCAAACGGCUCACACUGUUUCUGAAGAACCUCGCUUUCACGACAUAUUAUAAUGCUGGAGAGCUCUCAGACGAUGAACAGCACAUGAUUGAAGGUGGCCUUGGUUCUUACUUUGGAACUUCGGACUCUUCAAUCUUUGGACAACAGCGGGAUGAGCAAAAAUCGAAGCGCAUUUCGAAGCGACCUUUUGCGGGUGUCGCUGGUAUGACGUUCAGCUAUGUGAGGACACUAGUAACGGGUGUUAUGCGAAUGCUUUAUGAGCGAGAUUCUAGAAGACAUUUCCUUCCGAAGGGGCAUUGGUUGAUGACUUCACGAUUUGAUAUGGAAGGCUUCAUUCCCUCUGUCGUUUUGGAAGAAGAGCGACAGCACGAGGCCAGGGAGGAUGGCGACGAAGAGAACGACGCCAAUGCCGAUGGCUAUGAGAGCAACAAUGCGAUGACUCUUGUCGGCAACUCAAUGACACGGCGUGCUGUACAAAUCGAGUCAAUGAGGAGGCAACAACAGAAAGCUGCUCGUAAGAAGACUCUAGCAGCGAUAGGCCCUAGACUUGAGGUCCUACAAAAUAUGCCCUUCGUCAUUCCGUUUGAGACGCGUGUACAAGUCUUCCGCGAGUUCGUUUAUCUCGACCAAUCUCGCCGACGUGAUGGUAACGUCGAUCCCGAUAUUUGGCGUAUGUCUUUGAUUCAGCAAUCACGCAUGGCACCAAGAAGCCAUCGGGCGGCUCAUGAUCUUCUGGGUCGACACCACGCUAAAAUCCGACGAGGGUCGCUUUUUGAGGAUGCGUUUCAACAAUUCUACGAUUUGAGAGAAGGGCUCAAAGAACCUAUCCAAAUUACCUUCGUGGAUAAAUUUGAUACCGCUGAAGCUGGCAUUGAUGGAGGUGGUGUGACGAAAGAGUUCCUCACCAGCGUUACUAACGAGGCGUUUAAAGAGGGUCAUAAAUGGUUUGUUGCAAACGACCAAAAUCUAUUAUACCCAAAUCCAGUCGUCAUAGAUGAGAUCCGACAGCGUCUUAAGCAGUUUGGAUACGAAGAAGGAUCACCUGAGUGGCAAGAUGCUACCCAAGACGCUCUGAAACGAUUUGAAUUCCUGGGACGAAUCGUGGGUAAAUGUUUAUACGAAGGUAUUCUUGUUGAUAUUGGCUUUGCGGGAUUCUUCCUGCUGAAGUGGGCUGCCUCAGGUGGGGGUGCUGUCGAAUCAGGUUAUCGUGCUAAUAUUAACGAUUUGAGAGACAUGGACGAGAGUCUUUACCAAGGUCUCUUGAAAUUGAAGAACUACCCCGGUAAUGUCGAGGAUUUCUCUCUCGACUUCACCAUCGUCGACGAAGUCUCACUCGAAGGCGAACCUUCCGAAACAAUCGUAAAAGAACUAAUGCCCAAUGGCUCCAACAUCGCCGUCACAAACGAGAACCGUCUCCUCUACGUCUCCUACGUCGCGCGCCACCGUCUCCAACUGCAACCCUACCGCCAAACUCAAGCCUUCCUCAAAGGCCUCGGCGAAAUCAUCAAACCCUCCUGGCUCUCCAUGUUCAACCAAUCCGAACUCCAAACGCUCGUCGGCGGCGACGCCUCUGAAAUCGACGUCGAAGACCUCCGUCUAAACACCCAGUACGGCGGCGUCUACCAGAUCGGCGACGACGGCCAGGAACACGAUACCAUCAAACUCUUCUGGCACGUCCUCAAACACCUCGACGACGAGGAUCGCAGGAAGGUGCUUAAAUACGUGACGUCCACGCCCAGAGCGCCGCUCCUCGGCUUCUCGCAGCUUAAUCCGCGCUUCAGUAUUAGAGAUGCGGGCGGGGAUGAGUCGAGGUUGCCGAGUACGAGUACGUGUGUUAAUUUACUCAAGUUGCCAAGGUAUUCGACGGCUUCGGUGCUGAAAUCGAAACUGUUGUAUGCGGUUAAUUCGGGGGCGGGUUUUGAUUUGAGUUAG